CCCAGGCAACCGAAUUGAAGGCUAAAAGUCUGCGUGAAUUUCAGGCCCUGUAGUUGUUGGAGUUGGAAGAGAAUUUAAAAAAAUCCAAACAGUUAUCUUUCCCACAUCAAAAUGAGAAAAAUGGAAAUGUUGAUUUUAAAACUAAUGCUCCUAUUUCAUGCGGUGUUGUGUCACGACCACACAUCCACUAACAAUGAAACGCACGCAGCCCAUUCAACACUUUCCGCUGCCACUUCCGUUGAAAAUCACCAAAAGGCUACGAACAACAACAACAACAAAUACUCGGCCAUUUAUGCAGCUCAUGCCCAGACUUACCUAGACAGAGCUCAGAUCGUCAUGGAGGGUAUCUACAAUAAGAAGCGUGAACUCUUCCAUAACAUGACGAAAAAGCGUGUCAGCAUCAGCGACAUUGAUCAUGCCAUUGUACAGCGAGCCAUCGACAAUGGGUACUACAAACUGGUCUAUGAACUGGCAGCCAAUUUGAGUGUAGUUCCGGUGCAAAAACUGGCGAAUGCCACACUGCGACGCCAAGUGCAGCGUUUAUCCAAGCUACAGUUGUACGGCUUGAAUAGACAAGACUAUGAACACUCCAAGACUUUGUUGCGCACCAUCCAAUCGUUUAUAACCACACCGUUGGUGUGUCAAAACGAAUGCAAUUCACCCGCAGACAAAAUGGCCAUGGAGCCGACCAUUAAGGCGAUUGUGGAACAUAACAAAAAUAAGGAUGUUUUAUACAUUUACUGGCAGAAAUGGCGUCAAGCCUUGAAGAAGGACAAUGUGGCACAGGAAUCCUUUGUGGAGUACGUUGAUCUGUGGCGGAGGGCGGCGGCCUAUAAUGGUCAUGUAACUCCAUCCCGCACUUGGUAUUUGUAUUAUGACACCGAGAAUUUCCAACGUGAACUCGAAGAUGUGGUGUGGGAAAUAAUGCCACUGUAUCAGGAAUUGCAUGCAUAUCUGCGUCAUUGGGCGCGUGUGCAGUAUGGCAAGCACUUGACAGAUGCCAUAGAUGGUGCCAUACCAGCUCCUGUUAUGGAGCAGAUUAUAACACAAGAUUGGUAUGGUGCUCCCAUAUUUCGAAUACCCUUUCCCAAGCAUCCUUUGCCAACGGUGAAACAACGCAUGGAAGAGGUUAUGGAAACACCAGUGCAUAUGAUCAAGAAGGCCUCCGAAUUCUAUGAGUCCAUGAAUAUGAACAAACUGACCAAAGAAUUUAUGAACAAAUUCGUAAGACGCAUCAAUGAAGAUGACCCCAAUAAGGUGUGUCGUGUGGAGGUCUCUUACUUUCCCCCAGAUGUAGCAUUGCGUUUUUGCAACAAGGUGGACUACAGAGCAUUUUUGCAAAUGCAUGGCCAUAUAGCUGAGCUGCAGUACAACAUGUACAAAUCCAAGUUGCCUUUUGGCAUGGACAAUGAGCCUUGUCCCGGCUUUGGCAGUGCUUUGGGAGAGGCUUUUAUCAUAGCCUCUGGUACUCCCAGGCACUUGAGUCGUCUGGCCAUUGUGGCAAAUGACAGCUUGCCGCCGGAGCAGUCACUCAAUCGUUUGUUUAGAAUGGGUGUACACACUCUCCUGGCCAUUCCCCAAUAUUUUGUAAAUGACAAAUAUUUUGUGGAUGUUAUGGAUGGACGUAUAAGUCCUAGGGACUACAAUUGCGAGUACUGGAAGUUGCAGCACAAAUAUGCCGGAGUUGUGCCCCCCAAUAGACGAAAUGAACAAAACUUUGAUCCCGAUUAUAGGUUUUAUAAAGGCUUGAGUCCAGAUAAAUCGAAUACCAUAAAAUUCAUAUCGGAAGUUAUGGGUCUUCAGUUCUAUCGUUCUUUCUGUCUGUUAAGUGCAGAAUAUAAGCCCGGUAACCCUGAGCACCCCUUGUACAAUUGUGACUUUUAUAACAGCACUGCUGUGGGAGAUGUGGUGAAAAAAGUCAUGAAAAUGGGUGCCACAAAACAUUGGCGUGACAUCUUGCAGAUGGCUACCGGCGAUCGGCGUUUAAGUGCCCAAGGAGUUUUGGAAUAUUUUGCCCCACUAUACAUUUGGCUCAAGGAUCAGAAUAGAAAGCUGGGCCUAGUGCCUGGUUGGGAUGAUGAUAUUAAAUGUGGAAAUUACUUUUAAGGGGAAACUUGGCCCAACUAUUUUCUUUCUUAUACUCAAC